AUGCCACGAAAACGGCGGUCUGAAGACGUCGACGCUAUGGUUAUUGCUACUUCACCGAUCAAGAUUAAAGUCGAGCAGUUCAUUGAAGAAACUGCCAGCAUGGAUAUGUAUAUUCCUGCACUUGAUAGAUUCGCUGAAGACACCUCGAUGCUUGGAUUCAGAUACUUGCACACGAGAUACAAGACAUGGUUUCGAGUUCUCUGGGGAUUCGUAGUCGUUUUUUUCAUCGGACUGACAUUUUAUCAAGUUUUCGAGCGGGUCACUUAUUAUUUUAUCAAGAAUCCAUUGACGACACGAAGGAGCUAUGAGACACUUCCGAAUAUGUAUUUUCCGACGAUUGGAGUUUGUAAUAAGAUGCAAUUGAAAGCCUCAUCCGUCGCCUUCAAAAAUCCAGAUCUACUCCGUGGUAUGGUUAGUGUUCUAGAUGAGAACACUUCGAACACAACUCGAUUCGAUGAAUUGGAUAAGUUUGAUGACGUGGAUAUUCUAGAUUUGUACAGGAACUCUAUUCAAUCGGCCGAUGAUCUUUUUGUCAGUUGCGAAUUCGGAAAAAGUGGUUCAUGUCAAGAUGAGAUCCGCCCGAUGUACACUCCUUAUGGCCAUUGUUAUUCUGUAUCCCCGAACAAGACGAUUUUGAGACCUGGACCCGAGACGACACUGUCAUUAGUGUUGAACUUGGAAGUUCAUGAGAUCAUACCAGGAACCGUCGUCGAACCCGGCGUAGUCUUAUCCAUCUACGACGGAGCGAGCUCCCUCUCCCACUAUUCCGAAGGCAUACACCUGGAAGCCGGCAAAGUUGUGACGAUCCCAGUUAACGAAGUUCGUAAGCUCCGCCUCCAUGAAAGCAGUUGCGGUUCAACGAAAAUGGAAUCAUUCUCGGAGAAAGAGUACUCAAAAGCGGCGUGCGAAUGGUCGGUCAGUGUGAAACAGAUUGAGAAGGAAUGUGGAUGCAUACCGAUUAGGAAUCCAAUCUAUCGAGGUGUAUUCGAUAAUAAGAAUGAUCAAGUUGACAAUACCACCGAGAUACCGAAGAAGAAAUAUAAGAAAUGGAAGAAGAGAAAGAUUCCGAGAUGCACAUUAAGACAGGAGAUUGAAUGUGUUCAAGAGAAGUUGAACAUCCGCCCACAUAUUGAUGAUACUAUCUGCCCAGAUGAUUGUGAGGAUAUUUCGUUUUCUUCUAUUGUUUUUGGAGGAAAAUUGAGCGCUUCCGAAAUAGUUUCAAUGCUACCAAGUGAUUGGGAAGAUACGAAAGAGAAGCGAGUGGCUGCUUAUCAGAAAGCACUAGAAGUAAUACCGAACAAGAUGAUUCCAGUUGUGAGGAAUGUACAACAACUAGCAGAUGAGUUGCAGUUGUUUGUAGCGGAGGCUUCUGAGAUUUUCGGAAUAUCCGACAAGUUCAAUGAUGUCAAAUGUCUCUCCCUGGACGGUCGUAGCUAUGAAAGCUUUAUCAAUCAGUUUUACGCAUAUGAGCCAACAUGGGAACGGAUCACAACAUACCUACAACAUUCCUUAUCGAGAGAACUAAAUAGCACUGCUCUCUGCCUCGGACUCACUCUGGAUGAUAAAGGAGAAAUUGAUGACUCUGUGAGCCCGGUAGUCAACAUGACACUGGCUUCGAUUGCUUUACUUCAGCUGGGUCAAAUCGAGAAUUCUUUAGGAAGAACGAAUUUCAAUUAUGGAUUGACUAUGAUGCAUGAGACGACUAGGAGAGUUGUUCUGGAGUUAGCUCACCCACUAAUCACAGAGGUUCGAGAUUGUGUCACAAAGAUGUAUGAUAAUUUAGAGAGAGUUGAGGAGAUUGCGGAGGAUUGCAGACAUAUAUUCAAAAAUCAUUACACACCACUCCUGGAAGCCUCAAACGUCCACACUAAGACAAAUCCAUCUUCAGAAUCAUUCAAAACUUAUGCAGAAUAUAUGAAAAAAGUGUUGAGUAAACUGCAAAUUAUGAAGACAAGAGUUCGGAUGAAUGAUUGGAAAGAUUUCAAUAUUGACCUCAAAGAAUUCGAGUCAUUGUAUCGGGAAAUUGCAAAAGAUCAUGUUGAGAUAGAAGAUAUGCUCAAGUUGAGAAAGACAAUGGUUACGGAUAUUCCGAAACUAGCUGCUGAAUUAUCCGAAACAUUUUUGGCAGUAACGGAAAGUCGGCGCAAGUUUGCAGUGUUGACUGGAAUUGCAGCUGAUGAGAGGUUUAGUGAAAAGUUUUCGAACUUCUCCAAGUGCCUGGAGGAGUUGAGCACAAAAGCUCCGAUUCUGAAGAAAAGUAGAUUUAUCAGAGGAGAAUGGCUCUCAAGACUUCGGAGUCAAGUCCUGAUGGCACAGUCGUAUUCUCCAACUCAUCAGUAUGAUGUAGUCAACCUUCUGCAUAUAAAAUUCUACUUUGCUCACUUCAAACAGGAAACUAUUCUGCAAGAGAGAUCAUACAACCUCUUCUUGCUUCUUGGUUAG